AUGAAGCAAUUUUCAGACGCACAAGUCAAAAAGUGGCUGGUCCAAGUUAAGGAUGCUGUGUAUCAUGCGGAGGACCUGUUGGACGAGAUCGCUACCGACGCUUUGCGGUGCGAGAUAGAAGCUGCUGACUCGCAAACCGGCGGAACUCAUCAGGCGUGGAACUGGAACAAGGUCCCUGCUUGGGUUAAGGCUCCAUUUGCUACUCAAAGCAUGGAGUCCAGGAUGAAGGAGAUGAUUACUAAACUUGAGACUAUUGCUCAAGAAAAAGUUGGGCUUGGGCUGAAAGAAGGUGGGGGCGAGAAACCGUCACCAAGAUUACCAUCCUCUUCUUUGGUGGGUGAGUCGUCCAUUGUGUACGGAAGGGAUGAAAUUAAGGAGGAGAUGGUGAACUGGUUGCUUUCUGAUAACGCAAGAGGCAACAACAUCGAGGUGAUGUCCAUAGUGGGCAUGGGCGGCAGCGGCAAGACCACACUCUCUCAGUAUCUCUAUAACCAUGCCACAGAGAAGGAACACUUCGACUUGAAAGCAUGGGUCUGUGUUUCCACUGAGUUUCUUCUUACCAACCUCACCAAAACAAUUCUCGAGGAAAUCGGUUCUACACCUCCUUCCUCUGACAACAUAAAUUUGCUUCAGCGUCAACUGGAAAAGAGCGUAGGUAACAAGAAACUUCUGCUCGUUCUCGACGACGUCUGGGACGUAAAGUCUCUUGAUUGGGAAAGUUGGGAUAGACUAGGAACUCCACUCCGCGCUGCAGCAGAGGGAAGCAAGAUUGUUGUGACGACUCGUAUUGAAAUUGUUGCAAAACUCAUGGGUGCAGUCAGUACUCAUCGUCUGGGAGAAUUAAGCCCUGAAGAUAGUUGGGCCCUAUUUACAAAAUUUGCAUUUCCAAAUGGAGAUUCCAGCGCUUACCCUCAGCUUGAACCCAUAGGCAGAAAGAUUGUGGACAAGUGCCAAGGAUUGCCUUUGGCUCUAAAAGCACUCGGGACGCUCUUGUACUCUAAGGCCCAGCAAAGAGAAUGGGAAGAUAUUUUGAAUAGCAAAACAUGGCAUUCCCAGAGUGGUCAUGAAAUUCUUCCAUCUCUUAGAUUGAGUUAUCUGCAUCUUUCUCCUCCUGUGAAGCGUUGUUUUGCUUACUGUUCAAUUUUUCCCAAGGAUUAUGAAUUUGACAAAGAGAAGCUGAUUCUAUUAUGGAUGGCAGAAGGGCUUUUACACGCAGGACAAAGUGAUGAAAGAAUGGAAGAGGUAGGUGAGUCAUGUUUUAAUGAGCUUCUAGCAAAGUCGUUUUUUCAAGAGUCUAUUACAAAGAAAUCAUUUGCAAAAGAGUCAUGCUUUGUAAUGCAUGAUCUAAUACAUGACUCGGCUCAACAUAUCUCCCAAGAAUUUUGCAUUCGAUUGGAAGAUUGUAAGGUGCAAAAAAUAUCUGAUAAGACUAGGCAUUUGGUCUACUUUAAAAGUGACUAUGACGGUUUUGAGCCUGUUGGUCGAGCCAAACAUCUCAGAACAGUCUUAGCGGAGAACAAAGUACCACCCUUUCCUAUUUAUUCAUUGAGUACAAGAGUUUUACAAAAUACAUUACCAAAAUUUAAAUCUUUGCGGGUGUUGUGUCAUUGUGUGGAUACUGCAUAACAGAUGUGCCUGAUUCAAUACACAAUUUAAAACAGUUGCGAUACUUGGAUCUCUCUACAACAAUGAUUAAAAGAUUACCUGAAUCAAUAUGUUGUUUGUGCAAUUUGCAAACGAUGGUGCUGAGUAAAUGUAGGCAUCUUCUUGAAUUGCCUUCGAAAAUGGGGAGGUUGAUUAAUUUGCGCUAUCUUGAUGUUAGCGGGUCUAAUUCAUUGGAAGAAAUGCCAAAUGAUAUAGGUCAAUUAAAAAGUUUGCAGAAAUUGCCUAAUUUUACUGUGGGCAAAGAAAGUGGAUUCAGAUUUGGAGAAUUGUGGAAGCUUUCAGAGAUUCGAGGAAGACUUGAAAUUUCAAAAAUGGAGAAUGUGGUGGGUGUUGAGGAUGCAUUGCAGGCGAAUAUGAAGGAUAAGAAAUACCUUGAUGAGUUAUCCUUGAAUUGGAGUUGGGGGAUUAGUCAUGAUGCUAUACAAGAUGAUAUUCUCAACAGGCUAACACCUCAUCCAAAUUUAAAAAAACUGUCCAUUCAACACUAUCCUGGUCUAACAUUUCCAGAUUGGCUUGGAGAUGGAUCAUUUUCAAAGCUCGUGUCCCUUCAGCUUUCGAAUUGUGGGAAUUGCUCAACAUUGCCGCCACUGGGGCAGCUACCUUGUCUUGAACAUAUAAAGAUCUCAAAAAUGAGUGGAGUAGUGAUGGUGGGUAGUGAGUUUUAUGGGAAUUCUUCUUCCUCGCUUCAUCCCUCCUUCCCAUCCCUGCAAACUCUAUCAUUUGAAGAUAUGUCCAAUUGGGAGAAAUGGUUAUGUUGUGGAGAAUUCCCUCGUCUCCAGGAGCUUUCUAUAAGGCUAUGUCCAAAACUCACUGGGGAAUUACCAAUGCACCUUUCUUCAUUGCAGGAACUUAACCUUAAAGAUUGUCCGCAACUGCUUGUGCCUACACUCAACGUUCUUGCUGCCCGUGAAUUGCAGUUGAAAAGGCAAACUUGUGGGUUCACAACUAGUCAAACUUCAAAAAUUGAAAUUUCAGACGUCUCUCAGUUGAAGCAACUUCCACUGGUACCCCACUAUCUCUACAUUAGAAAAUCUGAUUCUGUGGAGUCUCUACUAGAGGAGGAAAUCCUGCAAACCAACAUGUACAGUUUGGAAAUUUGUGAUUGCUCUUUUUACAGAUCCCCAAACAAAGUUGGCUUACCCAGUACAUUGAAAUCGUUAUCAAUCUCUGAUUGUACCAAAUUGGACCUUCUUCUACCUGAGUUGUUCAGAUGCCAUCACCCGGUUCUCGAAAAUCUAUCAAUCAAUGGCGGUACCUGUGAUUCUCUCUUGUUGUCCUUCUCAGUAUUGGACAUCUUCCCCAGGUUGACUGAUUUCGAAAUAAAUGGUCUUAAGGGGCUUGAGGAGCUCUGCAUCUCGAUUUCAGAGGGGGAUCCCACAUCUCUUCGUAAUUUGAAGAUCCAUCGGUGCCUUAAUCUUGUAUACAUCCAACUGCCUGCUCUUGACUCGAUGUACCAUGAUAUUUGGAAUUGCUCCAAUCUCAAAUUGCUGGCGCACACCCAUUCAUCUCUGCAGAAACUGUGUUUAGCGGAUUGUCCAGAAUUGUUGUUGCACAGGGAGGGUUUGCCUUCCAACCUACGGGAACUUGCAAUAUGGCGCUGCAACCAACUCACGUCACAGGUGGACUGGGAUUUGCAAAGACUGACCUCUCUUACUCAUUUCACAAUCGGAGGUGGAUGUGAAGGCGUGGAAUUAUUUCCCAAGGAGUGUCUGCUGCCCUCUUCUCUAACUCAUCUUUCAAUCUGUGUUCUUCCAAAUCUCAACUCUCUUGACAACAAGGGGCUUCAACAACUCACCUCUCUUCGAGAAUUACGGAUCGAGAACUGCCCUGAGCUCCAAUUCUCGACAGGAUCUGUUCUUCAACGCCUUAUCUCUCUCAAGGAAUUACGAAUCUGGUCGUGCGUAAGGCUCCAAUCCUUGACAGAAGCGGGUCUUCACCACCUCACCACUCUUGAAACCUUAAGUAUCGUCCGUUGCCCUAAGCUCCAAUACUUGACAAAAGAGAGACUGCCAGACUCCCUCUGUUCUCUGGAUGUCGGAUCGUGUCCUUUGCUGGAACAACGGCUCCAAUUCGAGAAAGGGCAAGAAUGGCGUUAUAUAUCUCACAUUCCAAAAAUAGUGAUCGAUUGGGUGCUAUUUUAAUGGGAGUGGCAGUGCACCAACACAUGGGCAGGCAAUUUUGAUGACAAUUGCAGCAUAGACACCAGUAGCCAUGGUAGUGGGAUUUGUGGAUUUAACAACCAUUGUAUUGCUUGAUGAAGAGGGGAGGCUAUCCAGACUGUUGCCUGUAUAGGUAUUCUUUCUUGGAUACAAAUUUUAGAGACCAAAUUUUUUCAAUUGCCUGGUUGCCCAGCAAAGAUGACUCUUAACUACUUGUGUGUUUAUCUCCUGUAAGAACACGUGUACAUUUUUAGGUAAUUCAUGGUUACUGAAAUAUGUAUUGAAUCUUACCCACAUCAUAAUAUAUACUUAGUUGGCUACAUAUGUAAUGUACAUGUUGUGACUUUGCUCCCUUCGAUAUCAAAAUAAAUUGAUCACCACUUUUUCUUUUAUGUGUUUCAUAUUAAGCAACAAGGAUCAACAUAGAAGACUUACUAUGAGAACAAUGUUUGAUAUGACCAUGGAAAAAAAUAUGAGGUAAACAUCAAUAACUUUAUGCCAAUGUAUUUUUAAAUUUGAGAACAUUUGGAAAACUACAGUUCCAAAAGCAACAUUUUUAUGUGAGGUAUUUUAUGGUAUUGAAUUUAUAGAAUUUUUUAGUUAUCUGAACUCUCUUCUAGUUCAGCAGCCAACACUGAUUGAGGGCCCCUGUAAAGAAAAAAUCAGUCUAUUUUGCACUAAACCAGUGGACCACCUUCAAAAGGUGAGCAGAUUGACACAAAUCUUUAUUAUGUAGUUGCUACACAUGUUUCUGUCCCAAUUUUGAUGUUCUAUUGUUCUUGUUUUGGCUUUUCUUAGGUCUUGACUAUGACCAAAUGAUCAUUUGCAAAAUUGGUAUUGCCAUGCCUACACUUCUGUCUGUGACUAUGAGCAUUGGUUCUCAUUUUUCAUUUGAGCAGGAGCCAAUUGUUUAUUCAUAAAGAAAAUUAAAAAGUCCAAGUCUAAAUGAGGGUUUAUACCGCAAAAUUCCCACGACGAAUAUUGUAAUUAAAUUGUCUUGACUAUAAGACUUUUGUGGUUCUGUUUUUUAUUUUGAUGUUGUUAUUAUCUUAAAGUAAUUGAAUGCAAUUCUCUCAUUGAACUUUCUGAUUUUGUAUAGAAAUGAUGAUUUUGAGCUUAUUCCCCCAUUUUCAUGCUUUAGAAAAUUUACUCUUCUACAUUAUGAGCUAAUUCACCACCUCUUAUGAAGAACAAGAGUUGGUUGUUGACUAUAUUAAAUGUUCUCCAGAUUUAUUUUUAUGAACUUUUUAUGAUACAAGGUUUGUUCUCAAUCUCAGGAAAGUUCGUUUUGAGAGCAUAUUUGACUAUUAGUCAAGCUGGACUAGCCCGUGACUCAAUUCCAUCAACCAAUGUCAAUGGUAUCAAGUAUGGAUGACCCUUGCUUGGUUGGGUCGAGUUACAAUCAGACUCAAGUAUGUUCACAUGGUAAGUCCGGAGAUGAAAAUUAAGUUGUAACUUGUAACUAUAGGUCUUUAAUAUUGUCACAAAGGAAAAUGAUAUUGAGAGAAGUUACUUGAGGAAAUUAGUUUCCACACUGGUUGACAUUCUCAUAAUUUUCUUUUUCAUUCUUCUCUAGUCGCUUAAAAUCAUAUAGAAUGUACCUGUGAUUGAAUAUUUAAGAGGCCAAAACCACAUGUACUUGAAUGACCUGCUAAUUCUACCAGGUUUUUCUUGGUUGGUAAGCAAAUUUUUUUGAAAAUAUGGCUUUAGUUAUUUGCGCCUGGGCGUGCUUCAAGAAUCCCACUGAUACCAUCUUGCCACAUAAGUUAACCUCUUAUCAGAAGAUAGAUUUUGGGAGUGAUUUUAAUACAAGACAACACUUGAUUUUAAUUAUAUAAGCACCGAAAACAGAACACUGCAAACCAUUGGAACUGCAUUAAUACUUCUUGGUCUGUUCUGCAGGCAAUUACUGAUGACAAUUGCAAUGCAGCUGCAAGUGGCAGUGGCAGCGGGAUUUGUGGAUUCAACAGCUAUUGUAUUGUUUGAUGGGGAGAGGGGGUUGUUCAGAUGUGAGUGCCUAUGUAGGCAUUCUUUCUUGGCUCCAUAUUUUAAAGACCAAAUUUUCCAAUGUCCAGAUGCCAAGCAGGUAGUAGAGUUCAUAGAAUAACAACAUAGACUGGCAAAUCUCCAAUUAUGAACUUUGGAUUAGACGGAUUGUUGACAAGGAGAAGUUUUAAAGAGUCUUGUGAAGAGGAUUGCUUCUGUGCAGUAGCCAUUUAUACAGACAAUGUGUUGGCAGAAGAGAUUCCUUCUUUCCUGUGGAAAACAGAGCAAAAGGCUUGCAGACAGGCCCAGAUAAGUCUACCUUGAUUCUUGUUGGGUCACUACUACUUGGCAGCUCAGUGUUCUUCAAUCUCUUUGUGUGGUUAGCUAUAGCUAGGCUGCCGUCUUCUGAUACUGUAAGAAACUGAUCAGUCUCCAGUUUGUUUCAAGCAUACUGGGGACUAAGGAGUAACAUCUGCAGGCACUUAUUCCCUAGGCAAUUGAUGCUACUUCUCUGAAUAAAUUUCGAAUUUUUCUCUUUUAAUUUUUA